AUGAGAAACCACACAAUGAUUACAGAGUUUGUACUCUUGGGCAUAUCAGACAGCCCAGAGCUUCAGAUUGUAAUUUUUAUCUUUUUAUUUAUAACUUAUGUAUUAAGCAUAACUGACAAUUUAACCAUCAUCAUCCUUACCUUGACAGACUCUAGUCUAAAGACUCCUAUGUAUUACUUCCUCCGGAAUUUCUCCUUUUUAGAAAUUACAUUCACCAGUGUUUCCAUCCCCAAAUUUUUGGGGGCAAUUAUUACUAAGGUCAAGACCAUUUCCUAUAACAACUGUUUAGCUCAAUUAUUUUUCUUCAUCUUCAUGGGUGCGUCUGAAUUUUUUCUUCUAGCUGCAAUGUCUUAUGAUCGUUAUGUGGCCAUCUGCAAGCCUCUCCACUACACCACCAUCAUGAACAAGAAAAUUUGCACCCUGCUUGUCUUAAGUUCAUGGCUGGGAGGAUUUCUGACCAUUUUUCCACCACUCACGCUUAUCCUCAAAUUAGAUUUUUGUGCUUCCAAUGUCAUUGAUCACUUCUCCUGUGAGUAUUUCCCCAUUUUACAACUCUCAUGCUCAGACAUAUGGCUUUUAGAGAUUAUUGGUUUUUACUUUGCCUUUGUUACUCUGCUGAUCACCUUGGCAUUAGUAAUUCUGUCCUACGUAUGCAUCAUUUGCACUAUUCUGAGAAUCCCAUGUGCCAGUCAGAGGAAAAAGGCUUUCUCCACUUACUCCUCUCAUAUGAUCGUCAUCUCCAUCUCUUAUGGAAGCUGCAUAUUCAUGUAUGUCAAGGCUUCAGCAAAAGAAAGAGCAUCAUUGACCAAAGGAGUAGCUAUUCUGAACACUUCACUUGCCCCCAUGCUGAACCCUUCUAUUUACACCCUGAGAAACCAGCAAGUAAAACAAGCUUUUAAAGAUUUGGCUCACAAAGUGGUGUUUUAUAGAAACAAAUGA